AUGUCAUCCGACAGUGGAUCAAUCAAGCUUGGGAUGUCCCACAAAGAUUUCACCGGAAAUCCAGAAGAAAAUGGAGUCUACCUCAUAGGCAAUGAGAUGUCAUCGGCCCAGGAAGGGGCAGGAAGACCAGAUGUUUGUCGACCACCGACUACUCCAAUGCUGAAGAUCCUAAUAAACAAUGAUCCCAUAACAGACCUGAAUAUGAACGUAUCUGCUGGACCAUCUUACUCGGAAGUCACGGCCCCAAAUUUAGUAUCAGCCUUAAUCUUGAUCCUCACAUCUCUGUUUGGACUUAUUAUGAAUUCCCUUUACAUCUGGGUGCUCAGGUUCAGGAUGGUGCAGUGCGUCAACACCACUUGGUUCCUCCACCUCAUCAUCACCAAUCUUAUUUUUACCUUGGACAUGCCCAUUAUAGCAGCCUAUGUUCUGAGAAAUCCUCACUGGACCUUAGGAUCCUUCAUGUGUAAGAUGAACAAUGCCUUGAUAGAAAUGUGUGCACAUGCAGCCGUCUUCUUUCUCAUGGCCAUAAGCAUUGAACGUUUUCUCUCGGUGUUUCACCCAGCCUGGCACCGAAAACACGUAACACCAUACCGCGCUUAUACGGUUUGCCUGGCACUUUGGGGGUUGGCGGCCCUAUGCAGCUCUCCAUAUCUCAUACUUUGUAAUGUAGCACAAGACCAGAACAUCACGGUUUGCUGUGCGGAGUUCACCAUCUCUAGGGAUGAAGGUCAACUACAGAAGCUUGAACAAUCAACCCAGUGGGUUCUGUACUUCUUCCACCUAUUGAUGAGUUUUCUCCUUCCAUUCUCUGUUAUGGUCCUUUGCUAUUGCCGCAUAGCCUUCAAACUUAAACUGAAGCAGAUGCCCAAGUCUAACAAGCCGUAUAAGUUGAUAAGCAUUGUCAUAGCCUCGUUCUUCAUCUGCUGGAUGCCCUACCAUAUACGGAAUGGAAUGAUCCUGGAGAAAGGAAGAUUCCGAGAGGAAAUCCUACAGACUUUGAUCAUGCUCACAACAUGUUUUACCUGUAUUAACUGUUGUCUCACACCAGUGCUUUACCUAUUCAUUGUCGACAGCUUCAGCAAGGAAUUCAAGAAAUCUGUACAGAGUUGCAUUUGCUUAGUGAAAUAG